AUGGGGAGGGCUGGCGGGGCGGGGCGGGGCGGGGGUCCUUUCGGGCCUUCUCCCCCUAAUGAGAACGGGCCAAGUCCCUGCCAGGCGCCUCCCGCGCCCCCGUUGUCCGAGCCACAAAGAGCCAGGAUCAAUGGAAGGCGGGAGCGGCCGAGGGGCCUCCUCUUUGUGCGCCUGUCUCAGGCCUGUUUGCGCUGCAGUCUCCGCGCCCCCAUUGAUCAGGCAUGUGGAAAGAUUCCGCCUCCCGGGCUCCCUUUGUGGCCUCGUUGCCAGGCUGCGCCCGGCGUGACUGCUCCGCGCAGGGCGCUCCCGCCUACGGGCACCGGGCCGAGCUGGUCCGAAGGCGAGUGUGUGGUUACAGAAGGGCUGCGGGAAUACUUCGGCCAGUUCGGGGAGGUGAAGGAGUGUCUGGUGAUGCGGGACCCCCUGACCAAGAGAUCCAGGGGUUUCGGCUUCGUCACUUUCAUGGACCAGGCGGGGGUGGAUAAAGUGCUGGCGCAAUCGCGGCACGAGCUCGACUCCAAAACAAUCGACCCCAAGGUGGCCUUUCCUCGACGAGCACAGCCUAAGAUGGUGACUCGAACGAAGAAGAUCUUUGUGGGGGGGCUGUCGGUGAACACCACAGUGGAGGACGUGAAGCAAUAUUUUGAGCAGUUUGGGAAGGUAGACGAUGCUAUGCUGAUGUUUGACAAAACCACCAACCGGCACCGAGGGUUCGGCUUUGUCACAUUUGAGAGCGAGGACAUCGUGGAGAAAGUGUGUGAAAUCCAUUUCCAUGAAAUCAACAACAAAAUGGUGGAAUGUAAGAAAGCUCAGCCAAAAGAGGUGAUGUCGCCGACGGGCUCUGCCCGGGGGAGGUCUCGAGUUAUGCCCUAUGGGAUGGACGCCUUCAUGCUGGGCAUCGGCAUGCUGGGUUACCCAGGUUUCCAAGCCACGACCUAUGCCAGCAGGAGUUAUACAGGCCUUGCCCCUGGCUACACCUACCAGUUCCCCGAAUUCCGUGUAGAGCGGACCCCUCUCCCGAGCGCCCCAGUCCUCCCCGAGCUUACAGCCAUUCCUCUCACUGCUUAUGGACCAAUGGCGGCGGCGGCGGCGGCAGCGGCUGUGGUUCGAGGAACAGGCUCUCACCCCUGGACGAUGGCUCCCCCUCCAGGUUCGACUCCCAGCCGCACCGGGGGCUUCCUGGGGACCACCAGCCCCGGCCCCAUGGCCGAGCUCUACGGGGCGGCCAACCAGGACUCAGGGGUCAGCAGUUACAUCAGCGCCGCCAGCCCCGCCCCCAGCACUGGCUUCGGCCACAGUCUUGGGGGCCCCUUGAUCGCCACAGCUUUCACCAAUGGGUACCACUGAAGCAGGGGACAGGUGGCAGGAGCACCCCAGCCUGCAGCUGACUGAGGACCACGAGUGAGCCAGCCGAGGGGGCGGGGACACCUCAGCCGCAGCCGCCGCCCCCUCCCCCGCAGCGACUCGGACCCCGCUACUGCCUGCCCUCCUACCCUCGGCCCGGCCCCUGCCCUGCUGCCCCCCACGUCAUCUCGCUCCCAUACUAACCUCCCCCUUUUCAGCCCUCACCCCGACACCCCCUCCCCGGCCCGCUUUUAUUUAUUUUGGAUUAGCCAGUUGCCCCCCUGGUUCUCCCCUCUCGGGCCUGCGCCCCUCCCUCCCCGUCGCGCCCCCAUAGGACCCCCAAGAAAGCUUUUGUAUUUGUGCAUAGCUAGAGUGAGGGCGGAGGGAGCCUGCUACAGCGGCCGCAGCCCCAUCCCUUGUUUUUUAUUCUGAUUUUCCCUCCUUUUCUCUUUCCUUUUUUUUUUUUCCUUCUUUUUUUAAAAAAGAGAAACCGUUUUUAAACUAUUUCUAGGUUUGUGAAUGUGAAGCCCCAGGCCGCAGGGGGCAAGGGGCCAGGUGCCCCCCACCAGCUAAGAACAAAGUGUCUAUGUGGGUGUGGGCCCCUGGCCGCAGCCCUCAGGCCUGGAGAGGACAGGGCUGCGCAGGCCAGGCCGAGCCCCUGGACCCAUCCCCGUCCUGUAUCAUAUGUAAAUACUGGGAGGUGAAGCCCUCACCCCCUCUGGAACCCCCGGGGAUGAGGACAUCGUCUCCCCCCCCGUGUUUCUGUCCCCUCCUCAGACACCGUUACUGUAAGCUUGUAGGCCUCCACUGUGGCAGCAGCAGGCCGGCUCUCUCAGGCCCUAGGGGAAAGGCCUUGGGUCUCCUCACCCCGAAAACCUAGUGUGGGGGGUGAGGGAAGAGAAGGGCUUGCCUGGAGCCACUACUGGAAAGGAAUUAACUCUCCAAAGGUCUCCCCUGCCCCCUGCCCAGGUUGGGCCCUCAUGGUUUCUGCUCUGAGCCCCCGGCCCCCAACACGUGGGCAUCGGGGACAUUUUGGGAAGGGGCGGACUCCAGGGGAAAGCAAAGCUUCUCAGGGAACCCCCACAUUCUCUCACUGAAGUUUCCCACCAGGAUGGUCCCAUGGCCAGAGCCCCUUGAUAUUCCCCCACCCCAGAACCCCCUUCAAAGGAAAAAGAGGCUCAGGGUCUGAAUCUUUAUGACCAGCGGCCUGGCCGGUGGGGCAGGGCUGAGGCCCACCCGUGGUCUUCCCCUUCACUGGCUCCCUCUCCUUCGGGCCUGAGGCUGGGGGCCGAAGCUCCCUUCCCCCUCACAGCCCCCACCCCUCAAACCUCGCCUUUGGAGAGUUAAUUGUCUGUGAGGUGCUUAACCUAUUAGCCCUGAGAACACAAAGCAAUAAUCUUUGUUACUGAGACUCGGCUGUUCGUGGUUUUUUUUUUUUUUUUUUUUUUUUUUUUUAAUGUUUCCUAAUAAAAGAGAAGCUGCAUUUUAUUGGUUUUUAUUUUUAAUUUUCUACACGUUUGAGCUGAGUCCUGAGGGACUUGGCCUCCCUUUUCUCCCCUCCCUCUGACCUUCCCGCCCCCCUGGGCCCACCCAUGGGCUCAGGGCUCUGGAAUUCCGUUUUCUGAUUUGUUUGGGGAAUUUUCAAAAAAGAUGUUACAUGGUGUUUCAAAGCCAGCAAGUUACCACCCUCCGGUGUCUCUUCUCUCCACAUCUGUAACUUCUUUUUCCAGGUUUUAUUUUCAGUUUUAAAUUCCUAAUAAAUUAUUUGAAAACGGUGCUGGGCUUGUGACU